AUGAACCAAUCAAUGCAGUGGAAUACUGCCGUGCAAGAAGAUGCUGCACCUGCUACUCGUAUCCCCUCCAUUCGUAGUGGCACCAUAGUGGAGGGGCACUACGCUUGGAAGCCGUACGAGGAGAAGACACAGGACCUCAUUCGGAAGGAAUGUAGUCUUCGUCAAAUCAAGCUUAAUACGAAAACGAAGAAGAUGGAUCGGAUUACGUGUCUUCGUCGCUACGACGAGCUUAUGAACAGUGAGAGAAAACUGCAACAUUGCCGCUGGAGUAAGUGGAGUAACACCUCGAGAUCGUCACAGAGACUGGUAAUAGUCGACCACUAG